ACGUCACACAAAGGACCGGAAGAGACAUGUGGAGCUGCAACUAUCAACACAUGAAGCCAUAAACAUCAUUAAGCCGCUUCUGAUUCCUGCACAGAUGAGUCUGGAGUGACGCUGCUGCUGCUUUAAAGCGCUUCAGCACCGUUUAAGAGCACGUCUCGGCUAUUCAACACAAGAUCAAUUUAGUCCAAAGAGCGAGUCCCAGACAGCUGAAUAUAUUACAGGUCAGCCAUGAGCGCGGAAGCCUUGAGCUGCACUAUAAAGUCGCCCGUCCCGCUGCAGAUUGGAGACGCUGUAUCUGAUUCAUCUCGCCCUGGCGUCUACAUAACAGACAUCACCCUCGCCGAGCCUGUGGACAUUCAGGAAAUCUCCUUCAAGAACUACUACACCGCAUAUUUGACGGUCCGUUUGCAGCGCCGGGAGGAGGGUUCUGCUAAGUGGGUCACUUGUUUGAGAAACCACUGCCUCAUGGCUAACCCGCACGCUGAGGCCGGGUCACAUGACUAUUUCUCCAUCCACAGACGACAGAUGCUGACGGAGCCUGAUGACGUGACCACAGUGAGACUCAUCCUGCGACAGCCCUCCUCAGAGUGGCACAAUUUCAGCAUUGAGGAAAUUAACAUUUACCCGUGUGCAAAAGAGGACUCGGAGCGAGAUGUCCCUGCCUGGUUAUCCACUCUCACACCUGUAGAGGAACCUCUUGAUUUGAAUGGACUUCCUGAUCCAGAGACGGUGUCCUCCAGCAUUCAGCAGAUGUGGGCGCUCACUGAGAUCAUGCAGGCGAGCCAGACUGCGGCUUCCAUCGGACGCUUCGACGUGGAAGGCUCUUAUGACGUCAAAUUACUGUCGUACACAUAACGGGAGUGCUGAAACCUCAACCACACUUCUUCAUCCGUUUCAUUUCCUGAGAUGAAACCACUUGCACUGGGAGAGUUGUAUUCAAUAUUGGAAUUACUGUUUAUGCAUGUUAUUUUAUUGUACAUAUUAGUUU